AACCUGACAUGCGAGACAAGUUUACAACUCUAUACACGUGCGGGUGGUACAUCAGGGCUCGUGGUGGCAUCCUACGCAGAGCAAGGAAAGAAGAGAGUUUGUUACCUGAGUGCAUACAUCGUUUGAGCCUACACUGUCUGGAAGCACCUUAUUGUGGCUGUUCUCUGUCAUUUUGGGCGUCGUCUUUCUCACCUGUGUGCAGCAGGUAUCAUUAGGCUUUUUUGUUUCUUUUCGUCUUCUUUUUUGGAGGAGACAGAGGUGUUAUCUACAGCAGCACACUGUGGACGAAGACUCACUCCUCGCUUUUUUUCAUGGAAAGAAGACUCUAUAAUGGGUGCCUAGCAUGGCUGUGGCUCCUGAACCGACGACCCAGGGACCGGUAUGGCUUUUAGCCGCAUCAGUAAACUGGACCCCCCGUCCCGAGGCAUCUUCAGGAAAGCGGCGGUCAUGCUGUGCUCCCUCCUCACCUCUCUCUUCCUCCUGCACUGCCUCGCCGACCGCUGCAGCACCACCACCUCGCCCUCACCGGUCAAAGCGUCCUCCAGCCGGGCUACGGGGCUCUUCGAGGACUUGAGGUCGCUGAGGACUAAAAGACUUGCGUACGAAUGGACCGCCGGGUCGGAGCUGAUGGGCUAUACGCCUCCGGAUAUAGUUGCUUCCAGGAAAGUAUCGCCGAGGUUCGCAGGUAAACUCAGUCCGCUCGGGGAGGGGAGAAAGAAGCUGCCCCAGGCUCUCAUCAUCGGGGUGAAGAAAGGAGGGACCCGGGCUCUGCUGGAGUUUCUCCGGGUUCAUCCAGACAUCAGAGCCGUGGGAGCGGAGCCGCACUUCUUCGACCGCAACUAUGAGAACGGACUGGAGUGGUACAGAGAGCUGAUGCCCAAGACCCUGGAGGGCCAGAUCACCAUGGAGAAAACCCCCAGCUACUUUGUGACCAGAGAGGCUCCAGCCAGAAUAUCCGCCAUGUCCCGGGACACCAAGGUGAUCGUGGUGGUGAGGGACCCCGUCACCAGGGCUAUCUCGGACUACACACAGACUCUGUCCAAGAAGCCUGACAUCCCCUCUUUCGAGAGCCUCACCUUCAAAAACAGGACUACUGGUCUCAUCGACACCUCAUGGAGCGCCAUCCAGAUCGGCAUCUACGCCAAGCACCUGGACAACUGGCUGCAGUACUUCCCCAUGAAGCAGAUCCUGUUUGUGAGCGGCGAGCGGCUGAUCAGCGACCCGGCCGGAGAGCUGGGCCGCGUGCAGGACUUCCUGGGGCUCAAGAGGAUCAUCACAGACAAACACUUUUACUUCAACCAGACCAAGGGUUUCCCGUGCCUCAAGAAGGCAGAGGGCAGCAGCAAGCCCCACUGCCUGGGCAAAACCAAAGGGCGGACCCAUCCCAACAUUGACCCUGAGGUGGUGCAGAGGCUACGGGACUUCUACAGGCCCUUCAACAUGAAGUUCUACCAGAUGACUGGGCGUUUUUUUGGCUGGGAUGACUGAAUGUGUUUUUCUCUGAGAGAGAAAUACUGCAACGGACUAUUAGGAUCACUCUACGGGGGUGAUUAGGUCGUAAUAUUUCAGGAACGGUCGUAAUGUUACAGAAAAAAGGUCUAACAUUACAAAAAAUAUACAAUUUUAAAAGAGUCAAGUAGAAUAUUUUGUGAAUAACCCUAUAAUCUGUUGAACUAAUAAGGUUUUUGCAAGCAAAUACCUUUUAUAGUAUUUUUGGAGAGUCAGGCAAUGCUAAAACAUGCACAUUUAGUCUAAUCUAAUUAUGACAUUUUGGUUGUUAUACUCUCGAAAACAUGACCUCUCUGAAUAAAAGUUCUAACUUCAUUUUUUUCUCAUAAAUAUACGACUUCAUGUAUCGUGACUUUUUUGGAAUCACAGUGAGAUUUGAUUCUGUUAAAAGUAUGACUUUUCUCCUAAUACAGUAUAUAUAUAAAUAUAUAUAACAAAUAAAAAGAAUUGGUAAUAUAACAACCAAAAUGUUACAGGACAAGUCUUUUUUUGCCAAAAUACAUUGACUCAAAAUAUUGUGUUUUUAUUCCUGAAAUAUUAUAACUUUUUUACUGAAAAUAUAAUUACUUUUAAUUUUUUUCGAAACAGUGUUCCCCGUACUCCGUCCUCAGCACUAACCCUGAUCAAUAUGUGGCUGUUCCGGGAGAGAAAGAGGCCCAAUCUCCUCUCAGUGGCACCCCAGAUAUGCAAUAUUUCACUGUUACAUUUUCCAUCUUAAUCCACAAUCAUACAGAUAUUUUCUUUCUGAAAACACAUUGAGUCGUUGGAAGGAUUUGCGUCAUAUCUCCCUGCACUAUCUGAAGUUUUUUUUUUUUUUUUUUUCCAGUGUGAAGUCCUUGGCUGUGACACAGAAAUAAUGUACAGUAUGCAGUGCUUCUUUAAGAAGAUGGGUGAAAUCACAUUGUGUCCAGGGGCUUUCAAUAAAAGCAGUUACCGAGUGAUUUAAUGCCAUAUUUUAAACACAUAUAGCUGCUUUCAAAUGUUAACAGUUUUCUAGCAAAAAGAAUAAAGAUAAACAUAUAUGUAUUUUUGAAAUGUAUUUAUUCAAGCAGUAUGUAUGUAUU